GGAUGGCGGCGCCGCAACCUUGCGCGGACGGCUCUUGCUGCUCCCGGGCAGGUGCGGUGCCCGGCGUGCAGCAGUCGCUGGAGGAGAUGGACUUCGAGAGGGGAAUCUGGUCGGCAGCCCUGCAUGGAGACCUAAGUCGAGUGAAGUAUUUCAUCCAGAAAGCCACGGACCCUAGCCAGCCUGACUCAGCUGGCUACACUGCACUGCACUAUGCCAGCCGAAAUGGGCACUACGCUGUCUGCCAGUUCCUGCUGGAGAGUGGCGCCAAGUGUGAUGCCCAGACCCAUGGGGGCGCCACUGCUCUGCACCGGGCCAGCUACUGCGGACACACUGAGAUAGCACGGCUGCUGCUCUCACAUGGGUCCAACCCCCAGCUGGUAGAUGAUGACGGCAUGACCAGCCUACAUAAAGCUGCUGAGAAGGGUCACAUGGACAUUUGCUCUCUCCUGUUGCAACACAGUCCAGCCCUGAAGGCCGUCCGGGAUCGGAAAGCACGGCUAGCAUGUGACCUGCUGCCCUGCAACAGUGACCUACGGAACCUGCUGGCCAGCUGAGGCACCACCUCCUGUCUCCAGCCACCCUUGAGGGGUACACAGACUAGUUCUCCAUGCUCUUGCUUUAUUCAGCACCCACACUGCAGGGCUGGAAGAUGGGGCAGAAGACCCAGGAAGAACCCGGCUCUGGCCAGUGUGGUAGCCAGGGAGGAGAUUUGGUGGAGCAGAAAGCAUUUAAGCCUGGACAAAUGGUCAUAUUCUAAGUUCAUGCAGAAACAGCUCUCUAUUCGAAAAAAAUAAACUUAUAUCCUGACUUCAUCCCCCACACACAGGUAAAUUUCAAGGUUAGAGGCCGGAAUAUAAAAGCACAAAACAAUGUAAGUACUAGAAGAAAAUACAGAGUACGUGGCCAAAGCUGCUUUCUAGCUGAGUGAGCCUGGUUCAUGGCAGUUUACCUGUCUGUCCCUCAGUUUCCUCAUCUAUGAGGUAAGAAUGAUUAUGGUAGGGCCCGGCUCAGGGUUGCUAUGGAGACUGAAUGAGUAAAUCUCUGGAGGUCAAUUAAGUGCCUGGCUCACUGCAAGUAGCAUACAAGUGCCCAGUUCCCAAAUCUUGACCAACACUGGCUUUUCUACCAUAAUUUAAUUAAUUCUAGCAAUCUGAUAGGUACAAAAGUAUUUGCUUUAUGUGUUUUGCAUCCCUUAUUACUAGUGAGGCUGUGCACCUGUCUCUGAACUUACUGUCAGUGCCCAUUUAAAAGGUUUUUCUU